AUGCAGUGCAUUCGAAGUGCCGCGGGGGGAGCUGCCGGAGGGGAGGUGGAGCGGAAAAUUCUGAUAAAAACGGAAGACCUACGACCGACCUCGAAUGACGAAGACGAGGACGACGAGGACGAUAUAGACUGUGAUCGCAAUGAGCGUGAAGAACGAGAGGCGGUGGCCACGGUGGAGCGGUUCCGUCCGGGAGAAGGUGUGGGAGGAGAGCUGGAGGAUGAGAAGGAGGGAGCAGUAGCACGGGAAGUGAGAACGUUGGUGUUAAGUGAAAAUCAGUGCAUCGUGUACGGGUCGAGGGGUGAACCGGGUGGAAGGGUGAAUGGAAGUCAUCCCACAAGUCCUCCUCCAUCCGCCACGAUCAGCGUGCAGCAACUCCCCGCAUCCCAUCUCCCACCGAAGAAAACGUUAAAACUAGCUCUCGGAUUGCGAGGACUGACCCCCGCCGCAUCCUCUACACAACCACCCUCGCUGGCUCCCCUGGUUUCCGCAACCCGUCGAGCCUCCGAGGAUCCGGAUCGAAUGAUGGCGAUGAUCCAGGUCGUUUCAAAAGCUCACCACCAACACACACUCGCGAAGGGAGCAGAGGACGAUCAGAAGCAACAACAGCAGUCCUGCGGAGUGCUGGUUGGAGGACAUGGAGUCCACGUGAUAAGGGAUGGUCGGUUCUACAACCACGAUGAAGCGCAUGGGGGCUCGGAUCAGGCCGACAGUGAGCGACAAGCGCAAGGGUCCGAUGAGGGUGUGAGUCGAGGACAAUUCCGUGUGCAACAGCAGCAACAGCAACAACACGGCAGCAUAAUUGUUGCGAACGGUGGACGGUCGUCUCCCUUGGCGUUGCAGGGACGCCUUUCGCCUACCAGCAAUGGAGUGGGGGUUGUGCAACACCCACACACCUCUAGCAACAUAAAGACGACCACGAUCCUAGUAUCGAACGAGCGUGCUUCCAUCUAUAAGCCGGCUCAGGCUACCUCUACGACAACGACGGUUUCAAGCAGCAAACAGCAGCAACAGCAGCACCAACAGGUUAACAACCUUCAUCAACACGAGCAAGUGACCUCAAUGCAGCCUCCCCCACCACCGCCUCCGCUCAAGCUGUCCAAGAGCGGUGGAGGACACGAGGAACCGUCCAGUUCUAUGCCGGAUUUGGAAUUCGAUGGCACAACCGUACUGUGCCGUGUGUGUGGUGAUAAAGCGUCAGGUUUCCAUUAUGGAGUGCAUUCAUGCGAAGGAUGCAAGGGUUUCUUCCGGCGGUCGAUUCAGCAAAAGAUCCAGUACCGGCCGUGCACGAAAAACCAGCAGUGUAGCAUUCUGCGAAUAAACCGCAAUCGCUGCCAGUACUGCCGGCUAAAGAAGUGCAUCGCCGUCGGCAUGAGCCGCGAUGCCGUCAGGUUCGGGCGAGUGCCGAAACGCGAAAAAGCCCGCAUCCUGGCUGCGAUGCAACAAAGCACCCAAAAUCGAGGCAACCAGCGAGCGUUGGCAAGCGAACUCGACGAUCAGCCCCGUCUGCUGGCUAGCGUUCUUCAGGCACACAUCGAAACGUGCGAGUUCACGCGCGAAAAGGUCACCGCCAUGCGUCAGCGGGCCCGUGACUGCCCAAGCUACUCGAUGCCGACUCUGGCAUGUCCUCUCAAUCCGGCCCCGGAGCUACAGUCGGAGCAGGAGUUCAGCCAACGAUUCGCGCACGUCAUCCGUGGUGUGAUCGACUUCGCCGGUAUGAUCCCAGGCUUCCAGCUGCUGACGCAGGACGACAAAUUCACGCUGCUAAAGGCGGGCCUGUUCGAUGCGCUGUUCGUACGGUUGAUCUGCAUGUUCGACACCACGAUCAACUCGAUCAUCUGCCUGAACGGGCAGGUGAUGCGUCGCGACACCAUCCAGAACGGAGCGAACGCGCGUUUCCUCGUCGAUUCGACGUUCAACUUCGCCGAACGGAUGAACUCGAUGCAUCUGACCGAUGCCGAGAUUGGGUUGUUCUGUGCGAUCGUACUGAUCACGCCCGACCGGCCUGGGUUGCGUAAUGUCGAGCUAAUCGAGCGUAUGUACUCGAAGCUGAAGGCUUGUCUCCAGUCGGUGAUCUCGCAGAACCGGCCUGACAAGCCGGAGUUCAUGCAGGAGUUGUUACGUACGAUGCCGGACCUGCGCACGCUUAGUACGCUUCACACGGAGAAGCUGGUGGUGUUCCGUACCGAGCACAAGGAGCUGUUGCGUCAGCAGAUGUGGUCUUCUGACGAGGAUCAGGGUGCGGUGUUGUUGCCGGACGCGAAGAGCCCUGCAAGCUGGAGCUGCGAUGGCAACCAGGUUGAGGUUGAGAUCGCUAAGAGCCCAAUGAGCUCCGUCUCGAGUACGGAAUCCGCUGAGACGUCCUCGUCAUCGUCAUCGUCCUCGUCGUCUUCGUCAGAGUACCACCACCUGCACCAUCACCACCACCAUCAUCAUCACCAUCACAAUGGCGGCAUUUCGACGGCGGCUUCCGCCGCGGCUCCUCUGCUAGCGGCCACUUUGUCCGGGGCCUGUCCCAUCAUUCGGCACCGUGCCAGCUCGGGAUCAUCGGCUGAGGACGAUCUGAUCGGUGGAACGGCACAACACUUGGCCCAAAAUGGGCUCACUAUUACUCCCGUCAUUCGUUCCGUCGGUUCUUCGUCCUCGGGCACGGCGGGUUCGACUUCCUCAACCGGAAGUUCGGGUCACCUGCACCAUCACCAUCAUCAUCACGUGUCGCGGUACCGCAAGCUGGACUCACCCACUGACUCCGGUAUCGAGUCCGGAAAUGAGAAGCACGACAACCCACCGCAACCACCGGUGUCCUCUCACCACGGGUUGCACCAUCAUCAACACCACCACCACCUGCUGCUACACCCGAAACCACCGGUCACCGGAGGAAGCAGUGUGAGCAGUGGCUCAUCGUCCUGUUCCAGCCCGCGAUCUUCGCUCGAGGAUCCUGCACUUGAGGACUCCACCGCCACGACCACGUCCAGCAGCACCGAAAAGGCACCGUCUCACCAACAGCAGCCGACUCCGGCGACGCGACACUCCGGUAGCGUCGAGAACAUGCCGGUGUUGAAGCGUGUGUUGCAGGCACCACCCCUGUACGACACCAACAGCCUGAUGGAUGAGGCGUACAAGCCCCACAAAAAGUUCCGCGCCAUGCGCCAUCGUGAGAGUGAAGCGGAAGCGACUUCCUCGUCCUCGUCGUCCUCGACGGCACCGACCGUCGUCGCUGCUCCGGCCGUCACUACCGUGCUUACCUCUUCGUCCUCGCCGAAGCCCACCCCACUGGGUCAGCAACCUUCCUCACAGCAGCAGCAACAUCCGGCAUCGGUGGUUUCCACUCCACCGCAGCACCACCAGUCGCAGCUGCACAUGCAUUUAACGCGACCUCAGCCACAAUCCCAGGCCCACCAAAGCAGCUUUCUGCAAUCCGCUACCUCGCGGUGCAGCCCUCAACCUCCGGUGCAUCAGCAACAGCAGCAGCAGCAGCAUCACCAUCAUCCCUAUUCGUCCCUUUCGAGCACCCACUCGGUGUUGGCCAAAUCGCUGAUGGAGGAACCACGCAUGACGCCGGAGCAGAUGAAGCGCACCGACAUCAUCCACAACUACAUCAUGCGCGAGUCCGCCCAGGAGCAGCAGCAGAACUACAUCAAGCAGCAGCAGCAGCAACAGGGCCAAGCGCAGGGAGGUCUACUGGUGUGCGGAGGAGCCACCAACGGGGUGUUCCAGCGAGCUUCACCCCAUUUGACCGUGUCGGCAGUAUCACCCGCACCGUCAUCCUCGUCCAGCAGCAGUGGCAGCAGUCCAGCGGCUUCCACACCCAGCACCGGUGGAUGUCCUUUCGCAGGAUCAGCUUCAUCCUCGCCGGCUUCGACGGUAGCUGGUGCCGGAAGAUGGCAGCAGGUGAUCCACAAUGGUGGCGCUGCUGCAGCUAGUGUCAUCACUACGACCGGACAUCGCGCCCAACAGACACCAUCCCCGGGUAGUCUCACCCCACCGGACACGUCCUCAUCCUCAUCAUCCUCGUCGUCCUUGUCCGUGGUGUCCUCACCGCCAUCAGCCGCUUCUCCGUCCUCCUCAUCAACGAGCAUCCGGUACUUCCAGUCGCCCCAUUCCACGAUGACGUCACCGGCCCCGCCGGCUUCGCCCUCGUCGGUUGUGGUCGCACCUCCGCUCACACCCUCACCCCGGUUGCUCGAGCUGAAGGUGGACAUUGGCAGCUCAGGCUCAGGAUCGAAUACCGCUCUCGAUGCGUGCCAGCAACCGCUGAACUUGUCGAAGAAGUCACCCUCGCCAGCCCCCGUAGGGGUUGUAUCGGUCGUUCAGCGACCGCUGCUACCCUCCACCACCACCAACACCUCCGCAGCAGCCGCCAUUACCGUCCCUUCGUCCUCUUCCUCAUCGCCAGCCCCGGUAUCACCGGUGGCGGCGACAGCAACCACCGUGGUUGUAGCCACCAGCAGUAGCAGCAGCAGCAACAGCAACAACAACAACCCGAGCAACAACGCCAGUAGUAGCAGCAGUGGCACUAGCCCUAGCAGCAAUCCCACCAUCCACAAGAUCCUGCUGGAGGCGUAAGGGCAGAGUUGGUGUGUGGGAAAAUGAGAUAGAGAGCUAUAGAAUCGCAGGAGGCCGACACGUGACGUGCGAACGAACCUACAUCUACACUUGUACAAAUUUUUAAUGUGUUAAGCAGGAGCCAAGGAGCCUAACGAAAAAACGCGCGGUGG